AUGGCAUCACGGCGUCGCGGAGUUGGUAUUGGAGCUAUACAGAAGAAGCAGGAAGUUCAGGUAUUGUUAUUCUUUUGAUUAUCCCUAAAGCUUUCUUUUUAAAAAUUUAGUUUUGUAUAUUGUUUUCGUUUAUUUAAAGUUUUUGAAAUGCAACGAAUUUAAAGGGUUUAUGUUUCGUAAAAAAUUUGUAAUUUGAGUGUUAAUUUUUUAUGAGUUUUAGGCAAAAUACCAAACAAAAGGAGACGAACUAGCUAGUGAUCAGUUAGAACGGUUUUCUCAGCAACUUGAAGCUUUUACGAAGAAGUUGGAGGAGUUCGCAGCUAAACAUCGUGAUGAUAUUCACAAGAACUCGCAGUUUCGUCGUCACUUUCAGGAAAUGUGUACUACAGUUGGGGUAGAUCCUCUGGCUUGUAAGUUUUCUGAAUUUUACGUUUUGGUUGAUUUAGGUUACAAUUAUAAACAGACGCCUAGUUAUUUAUGUUCAAAAAAUUUGCGGGUAUAAACUUACUAAUAGACAUUGUUUUAGCUAGCAAAGGAUUUUGGGCAGAGAAACUUGGUGUUGGAGAUUUCUAUUAUGAACUGGCAGUUCAGGUAGUAGAAGUUUGCAUGGCUACGAGUCACUUGAACGGAGGCAUUAUUACUAUUGAUGAUCUGAGGAAUCGUUUACUUAAAAGCCGAUCAAAGACGCGGAAAGAACCUAUUUCACAGUAAGUUUUUAAUGAAUUUUUGUUGGUUUAGGUUAAAUUUGUUGCCCAUAUUACUUUUUUUGUUUUUGGAAAUUUGUUACCUAAUUUUUUUGUUAAAAUUGUUUUGUCUAUAAGUAACAUUGACUUUUAUACGAAAUUUUUAGGGACGACAUUAUUCGUGCAGUUAAAAAACUAAAAGUUCUUGGACAUGGAUUCGAAUUGAUUCCUCUUGGCUCAGGUCGUUUUCUAAUUCAAUCAGUACCAGGAGAGCUGAGUAUGGAUGAUACGAGAGUACUACAACUAGCAGAAGAGAAUCAAUCUCACGUUUCUGUUGAGUUAUGUGUAGAUUCUCUUCGAUGGGAGCCAGAAAGAGCUAAGAGGAUCUUGGAGCGACUGGUACAGAUGGAAAAGGCGUGGGUGGAUAGUCAGGCAUCUGACACUGUUCAUUACUGGUUCCCGUCUUUGUUUUUGGAGCAAUAUAAUGGUCUGGGACAGCUGGGCAGUUCGUCCAGCAGUUCUUGA